UUUACUAAACCCUACUAUUCUCUUUUCUUCCGUCCAAUCCGACUUGGAUGCCGACUUCGUCUUCUCCUCUUCCCUCCAUGCCGAGAAGAAUUCUUUGCAAGUACUUUGCACGUGGAACAUGCUUAAAAGGGGAGUAUUGUGAAUUCUCACAUGAUUGGAGAGAUCAAUCUAAUAAUGUAUGUAACUUCUAUCAAAGAGGGUUGUGCACCUAUGGAAGUAGGUGCAAGUAUAACCAUAUUGGAGUUUCUUCUCAUAAUUCAUAUGAUCCAGCAUCAUCAAUAUCUCAUCAGAGUUAUCAUGUAGAAUCUAGUUCUUCUCAAUUUGCUCAUCCACCUAGAGCUUCUUUGAAAGGAGAAACUAGUCAGGCUUUUAGAAUUCCAGUGGACUUGCCAGUUUCAUGCCAAUCUCAUACCCCUCCUUUGGAACAUGCACAAAAGCAGAAACAUGGGGCUGAUAUUUCUCCAAGCAAUGAGGGCAGCCAUGUUCCUGCACACAUGAGGCCAGCUGAUUCAGAAAUUUGUGCCCUUCACAUCACUGGUAGUUGCCUGCAUGGCAAAAGUUGCCCUGAUGUUCAUGGGGACAUGUGUUCCAUUUGCGAAAUGCAUUGCUUGCAUCCAUUCCAUCAAGACAAAAGAGAAGAACACAUAACAAUGUGUCAGAAAAAUAACAAGCUCCAUGAAACUACGAAAUACAGUCAGGAGAUAGAAUGCAGUAUCUGUCUGGAGCGAGUACUUUCUAAGCCCACAGAUGCUGAACGGAAGUUUGGAAUACUAUCUGAGUGUGACCACCCAUUCUGCAUUUCAUGUAUUCGGAACUGGCGUCGGAAUUCUCCAGCUUCUGGGAUUGAUUUGGACACUGCACUAAGGGCCUGCCCGGUGUGCCGAAAGCAUUCAUACUUCGUUGUUCCCAGUGUUACUUGGUUCACCACAAAGGAAGAAAAACAAGAAAUAAUCACUAGCUACAAAGACAAGCUCAAGUUGAUUGAUUGUAAAUAUUUUGACUUUGGUAACGGAACAUGUCCAUUCGGGGCUAGUUGUUUCUACAAGCACACUUACAAGCCACAUGCAAAUAGGCGAAGUGCAUAUAGGCCUCACAGAAACAGGCCCCAUCCACACAGGUCCCGACAGAUAAUGGAAAGAGAAGAAAUAGAAGAUUUUAUCAACCCAUUUGCCUUGGAGGAUGAGUUAGCCAAUCUUGCUGCUCUGCUUGAUGUGGACGAAGAAGAAUCUGAGGAUCUUGAUGAAGAGGAUUUUGGCAGUUUACUACUCAUGCAUAUGAGUUUUCUUCUUAUGCAUAUGGAUGAUGAAGAACUACUAAGCGAUGACGACAACUAAUUCUGAUAAUGUGCUGCUGCCAUAUAUAUUUUGUCAAUGGAUUAAACUACUAGUCUCCUGAGUUUCCUUCAACUUUUAUCACGGAGUUAUGUUCAAAUCUUGAUCUGGCAGCAUUUUACUGUCAUCUAGUUUUGUGCUUGCAUGUGCCAUAUGUUUUUGGUGUAAAAUUUACAGCUGAGCACAAAUCUCUGAAUCACUAGCAACUGGAAUUUAGUCGAUGCCUAUUCACUUAUUGAGAA